AUGCCUAAGAUUUUUAAAACUAUAAUAUUCGCCGGCUCCUGCGCGCUCCUCGUGUAUUUAUUAAAAAGUGAAUUUCUCGAUAGCGAUGAAGAAAUUGAAUUAAAAUAUUUAUUGAGAACGCCGGGAACGCUCAAGAAAAUAAGGAAGGAAAUAAGGAGCACGAGAAAUGUAAGCGCAGCCCAGAAAUAUACAAGACCUAGAAGGUUACCUAACGAUUACAAGUACAUUUUGAAGUGGACUCAGGCGUUCAGUCACUUCGAUUCGCCGAUGUUUAGAAACGGACAGAAGGUUUUCUUAGAUCACAACUGCACCUUCAAAAACUGUUACAUGACCAACGACAAGAGUCUGCUCGUCGAUCUAAGACAUUUUGAUGCGAUUAUCUUCGACGCGGAGAACACUUGGGAUGCCCAUCCUCCCUUAACAUUUCCUCACCAGAUGAGGAUCUUCGCUUCAAUCGAUUCGGCGACCAACGAUCCGGUGUGCGACGAGUAUUACGACGACUUCUUCCAUCUGACGUGGACCUACAAAUUGGACUCCAAUAUCUCCAGCCCCUUCAUUAGGAUUCAAGAUAAAAACAAUAAUGUGAUCGGCCCCAGGAUAAACAUGCCGUGGGUCAGCCCGAUGGAGCCGACGGGCGAGGAUGUGAUCGCGAAGCUUAACGAUAAGGAAAAUGCGGUGGCCUGGUUCGUUACUGAUUGCCAUCUGAUGCGUCGAAUGACUGUUGUGAAGGAUCUCGUCAAAUCCCUGAAAAAACACAACUUGAAACUGGACAUUUACGGCCCUUGUGGAAACUUGACGUGCCCGAGAAAUAGGAUGGAGGAAUGCUUGGGUAUUUUGCAGCGAAAGUACUACUUUUACUUGGCAUUCGAGGACUCGAAUUCCGAAGACUAUGUAACGGACAAGAUACUGUAUCCUUUACUACACUACACUGUGCCUAUCGUGUUCGGGGGAGCGGACUAUUCUAGAUUCCUCCCUCCCGGCUCGUACGUCGAUGCUGGAAAAUUGAAAUCCGAUCAAGUCGUCGAUUUAAUGGUUGAGGCCAUGCGCGCGCCCGCUGUUUACCGGGAUUAUUUCAGAUGGCGCAAGUACUACGUGUACAAAGAAUCGCCUGGAGGUGCUGACGUGUGCAAACUGUGCGAACUUCUCGACGAACCGAACUUCGGAACACGGAACAACUUCAGGCGGUGGUGGAAUUCUAAUUAUGAAAAUGUAUGCAAGAUCCCAUUCAUCAGGAAUUCGCAAUUUAAAUUUUGAUUUAGUUUUAAGGUGUUCCUGUACUUGAUGACAAUUGGGUGUGUGUGACAGGUUUAGGGCAUUACCAUUCUUUAGCUGCAAAACGGGGAGCCGUUUGUAGAUUAAACCGCUUGUAGAAUGUAGAUUCACGUGAAUCUACAAGCGGUUUAGAUAGUAUGAACAAUCUAAAAUUUUGUAAUAUAGUCAUUCCAUUUUUGCUACCUUAGGUUGGGUU